CUUUGGCGCACCCAGUGUCCACGUUUCGUCAAUUGGCACGAGAAAAAUUUAACUACAAAACUGAAUGACCGGACGCAUGAGCCGACUAGGCAAACCACCACCAAUUUAAGCCGCCCCCCUGUGGCUUAAUAACAACUUGAAAAGAGUGUUUAGCCACGCAUCGACAACCGGAGGACGCAAGCGCACGAGAGAGAUGGUUGCCAAUUCACAUUCUGCGUGCUUUAUAUACUCAUCAAUCACAUGUCAUCAGCCCUCCCUCAUCUCCAGUUUGCACCAACUCAAAUAGCGCAGCCACAGCUUCCUCCUAACAAGAAGGCGCACUCUCGUGCUUGUGCGUGUCGUCUCAUGCUCUGGCCACACACGAGCAGGUCUGCCGGUACGGUGUGCGCAAGGCAUGAACACGUACAUGUCUCUCUCCUUGGAGAGCAGCAGCAGCACCACCACCAGCAGCGUGGUCCGCGACGUCGCCACGCCCGCGCCUCUGUCCAGCGGUGCCAGUGCCUCGUCGUAUCCACGGGCGGGCGCGGGCAUGGGCAUGGGCACGUCGCUCUCCCUGGCCAGCGCCGCGGCGGCGGCGCACGGGCACGGACAGUACCUCCCCCUCAACGAGGAUGACUCCCUGGAGAUGGUCCUCUUCGACGUGCUCCGCGAGGCAUCCGGCUCCGCUGCGGCGCCCACCACCUACCAGCCGCCGGCCUCGUCGUUGCCUACGCUGAAGAAGGCGCUCGCUUCCGGCGCCGCCGCGCGCAAGGGCGGCGGCGGCGGCGUCGGUUGCAGCAGCAGGGCAGCGCACGCGCCGAAGGCGGCCACAACGGGGCGGCACUACCGCGGGGUGAGGCGGCGGCCGUGGGGCAAGUACGCCGCGGAGAUCCGUGACCCCGCGCGGCACGGGGCGCGGCUCUGGCUCGGCACCUUCGCCACGGCCGAGGAGGCCGCCGCGGCGUACGACCGCGCCGCGUUCCGCAUGCGGGGCGCCAAGGCGCUGCUCAACUUCCCGCCGGCGGUCGCGGGCUGCGGGAACGCCGCAACCGCCACGGCGGAGCAGGCUGCUGGGGUGACGGAAGCCAAGUGAACGGCGAAUGCGAUCUCAAAGAAAACAACGGAUCAUUGGCAGCUGAUGAGUGAUAUUAGUCAGUCAGUCCGUUGACCAGAGUGGCAUGGUAGCGAUCGGCCGAUCGCUCUUCUCGUUGUAUGUGAGGACAUGCCUUGAACUGUGACGGGUUGAAUUUGAGGGGAUAAGAUAGCCAAACAACUCCAAUGUUUCUUUUUUUGUAUUUUGAGAUCCUUCAACAUUUGGUUUGGGGGCGAACGUGCACGAUCUUAUUUUUGGAUAUAUUUAUUAAUCGAGAAUGAAUAUAUACAUAGGUCAAGAUGAAAACACGAAUGCUUAGUUUAAUGAA